GCGUUACCUGAAACGGGUGAGUAGUGUUUGUCUACUAAACAGAUAUACAGUAUGUUGUUAAUUUAUCAAAAAUAAUUAAUAAAGCGACUCCGAACAAACGUAAAUAAGUGUUUAAGUAGGUCUGUGGGAUGUAAACAACCAGUAUAUAAUGGAAAAGUCGACGAUUCGCGCGCGAUACUCGAUAAUCGACGUGAAUUACCAUGGGUAAUUGAAUUCUUUGCUUUUAUAUUUCAAAAUGGUGGGUGUCGCCUAUUUAUUAUUUAUUUAUUUCGUUCAAUUGGUGAAUUGCGACGUCUGCCCAAGCAUUUGUAAAUGUUUGGGCAACUUGGUGCACUGUGAUAAGAAGAACCUAACAAUAGUACCGGAUAAUAUACCAGACUGGGUGGUCGAACUUAAUUUAAAUAACAACAACAUUGAACAAAUUUCCGCCGAGAAUUGGGAGAAUUUAAGAAACCUUACGGAAUUAAAAUUAAAUAGAAAUCAAAUUGGAACACUUAAUAUAAAUAGCUUUAAUAAUUUAACUAAAUUAAAAGUCUUGGAAUUAAAUCGAAAUUCUCUCGAGAAUAUAGUUGCCUUGAGUUUUAAAUCCCUUGAACAGCUUAGAACUCUUAAAUUGAAAAAGAAUUCUAUAGGGCAAUUACGUGAUGGUGCCUUUUUUGGGUUGGAAAAAAUGCAAACAUUAUUUCUAGAUUAUAAUAAUAUCGAAGUAAUAUCAAAAGGGUGGUUAUAUGGCCUACAAAAAUUAAAAGAAUUGUCUAUAAGUAAUAAUAAAAUUCGUCAAAUAGAAUCGGAGGCGUGGGAAUUUUGUCAAGAAUUAACAAACCUCGAUUUAUCAAAUAAUCGCCUUGAAUCCAUCAAACGAGAUACUUUUAAAGAUUUAAGUUCUCUUAGAAAAUUAAUUCUAAACAGUAAUAACAUCACAUAUAUUGAUGAAUCAGCGUUCGAACAUACACCGCGUUUAGAAGUUUUACAAUUAAAUAAAAACCAACUAUCUUGGUUGAUUGAAGCUGGAAACGAAUUUUUUAAAACGCUAGAAAAUCUUUCUGUUGUUACUUUGACCCAUAACAACAUCAAAUCGAUACAUAGAAAAGCAUUUGAUGGAUUAAAGAAUGUUAAAAGUAUCGAUUUGUCCGAUAAUAACAUUAGUUCGAUUCAAGAUGGUGCCUUUAAAGAUAUGCAACUUUUAAAUAAAUUAAAGAUGAAUACAACUAUGUUGGUUUGUGAUUGUAGCUUACAAGGAUUUCAAAAGUGGCUUAACCACAGGCAAUUGCCUGUUGAUGCUGUAUGUAAUUACCCAGAUAAAUUACGAAAUUUUGCUUUAGUAAAUGUUUCAGUUAAUAAUUUAACAUGUGGAGAUAAUCCAAAACCUAGAUUAACCGAAGAACCAGAUUCAGAAAUUAUGGCUUUAAAUGGCGGAAAUAUAACUUUGAGUUGUUCCGCUUUUUCAAGUUCGCCGAAUCUUACGUUCAUUUGGAAAAAAGAUAACUUCGACUUAAUUAAUCCAUCUGUAAGAGAAAAGGCCGUUAUCGAUGGAAACAACACCGAAAUUAAGUCGGAGUUAACCAUCUUUAAUGUGCAACGUUCUGAUGCUGGAAAGUAUCAAUGUAAAGUCAGUAAUAGUUAUGGAACAACUCACUCGAAAAAAGCUUUAAUCGAAGUCUUAACUCGUCCAGUUUUUCAUAAAGUACCUGCAAAUGUGACAGUACAAGCCGGAAGCACUGUUCGUUUGGAAUGCGCCGCAAACGGCGAACCUCAACCAGAAAUAGCAUGGGAAAAAGACGGCGGUGAUGAUUUUCCCGCGGCCAGAGAGAGACGAAUGCACGUUAUGAAUACGGACUAUGUAUUUUUCAUCAUCAACACCCAACCUGCAGAUUUAGGGGUUUAUAGUUGUACGGCCCGAAAUAAAGCUGGAACGAUCGUCGCUAACGCCACAGUCACAAUUGAAGAGAAACCAUAUUUUGUCAAACCAAUGAUUGAUAAAGAAGUUAUGGUUGGUGAAUCUGCGGUAUUACAAUGUAAAGCCGGAGGAAUUCCAAAACCCAGUAUUGAAUGGUUAAAAGAUGGACGACCAAUUCGGGUUACCGAAAGACAUUUUUUUACUGCCGAGGAUCAAUUGAUGAUUAUUGUUGAUACAAGCAUUGGUGAUGCUGGAACUUAUGUUUGUAAUUUAAACAACACUCUUGGACAAGACACCGCUUAUAGUAUUCUAUCUGUCAAACAAAAUGGAAUAACAGAGAGUGAUAAAUUAGGUAUAAUAAUAAUAACAGUGGUGUGUUGCGCUGUUUGUACAUCAAUAAUAUGGGUAGUAAUAAUUUAUCAAACGCGACGUAGAAUAAGUGUGCCUCAACCAAAUGUUUUGCAAUUGGAAGCAACAAUUGUAGAUUAUUCCGAAAGGCCUACGCAAUUUAACGAUAACAUUUCGGAACAUUCUUCAUGUAAAGAUAGCGGAACGGGUGACUCGGCGAAACGUAGUAAUGACGAUUUAUUACCGGAAUCUGAGUAUCCGAUAUUUAUUGAUGGCACCACGACGAAUGACAGUAAGUGUGAGACGAUGCGUAGGGCUAGUUUGGUGUAUUUGUCACCUGAAAUAAGGUACACGACGCCAUUGCUUCAUUCGGACGUAUCGUAUACGGUAUCCACGAAUCAUGAUCGAUCGUUAACAAAUAUAAACGAGGUGGAAACCUCUAAAGAUGAGGCUAAAUUAGAAUGAGGGUUCAAAAAAAAUGAAAGAUAUUCGUAUUAAGUAUUUUUAGUCUAAAAAUGUAUUGGAGCAAGUAGUAUUACUCUGCAAUGUUUUUAUUUGAUUACAUUAUUUCCUACGGAUUGUAAUGUUUCUACUUUACUUAGUUCCUGAGUAAUGUUUAAUGACGUUUUUCUUUUUUUUUUUUCGACUGUUAUAUGAUUAAGGAUUUUUUUUUCUUUGUAGAGCGGGCAUUGUUAUUUAUAAUUAUUAUUGCUGUUAUUUUUAUGUUUUUUUCCUUGUGAGAAAAGAAAAUCUUAUUUAUUUAUUUCCUUUAAUAUAUUUAGGUUUAGAGAAUUGGACGUUAAUGAGAAAAAAUUCGUCCGGGUAAAUGAAAUAUUAUACUAAUUAUAAGUCUAUAAAUGUUUAGGUGGAUUAAGAGUACAAACCAAUUAUUACGACAUUUUUGUAUAUAAUACAGAAAGAAACGCGUAGCCAUCCCUUUAUUUAUAUAGACUAAAAAAGAUAAAAGUUCCUUUAGAAUUAAUUUUUUUCAUUUCACUUACCGAUUGCGUAUUAUUUUUUUUUGUUUCCAGAACAAGGUUUUUUAUUAGAUAGAAACAUACGAUAUAAAUAAAAUUUGUUUAAGCCACUUUACGGACAGAGUAUAUAUAUAAUAUAUAUUUAUACAACUCGCCUAAAGAAUUAAUCAAGAAUAUUGCAGAAUUGCCUAUAUAUUUUUUAUUGAAAUAGAAUUGUAUUGUAUAUUGACACAAUAUUUGAUGCUUUAACUAGGUUAGGAUGCAUAUGUUAAGUUUUAUUUAAGUGGUAAUUGUUUAAGUUUCACCAAGUCAUUUUUAUUGUAGCCAUCCCUUCAUCCCAUCCAUUUUAGCAGCUCAAUGCAUUUACAUGAACACAAAAAAAGAAUACACGUUACAUUUGCCGUUGGCGAUCAAUCAACAUUUCUUUAAUCCGUCCGUAAAUAUUCAGAAUUUACAAAACAUAAAUACUCUUAUCAUCAUGUAGCAACGGCUGCUUCAUUUUUUUUAAACACGUCCAUCUCUGUAGAUCAUGACCAGUUUUAUGUAUUUCUAAUAACAAAACAUCUAUACAAGUAUUCUGUAUAUAAAUAUAUUAUGCAUAUAUAUAAUUAUUAUAUUUCGUCUGUCUGUAUGUGUAUAGAACUAUUUACUGAUAGUAUUAAGUUUACCUCAUUGUGAUCACUGUAUUUGUUUUUUUGUCUUUUUUACAAUAUAGUUCUUGUAUUUAAAAUA